AUUGCAUUGAUUGGAUUGGCGCAAACUCUAUCACCUUGGCUGAUGGGACCCAACAGUUGACUGUGCCAAUUGUAAGAGAAGGUGAUACCCUACUAGCUACCGUUGAGAGAGCGAGAGAGAGAGAGAAAGAGAGAAAGAGAGAAAGACAGACAGAGAGUGAAAGAGAGAUAGAAAGAAAGGCAAACAGGCACGGUACAUUGAGGAAUUGAGAAGUGAUUGGCACCAUAUGGGGAUCCAUGCAUAAAGAGAUUUUCAAGUUUCUUGAUGAAUGAGAGCUUGGUGUGGCGAAAGCCCCGUCGGACGAGACAUUGGACAUGAAUAAGUGGACACGAGAGCACGCGGCUCAAGCCCUGGCCCUCACAUCUCAAGAAUGGGACAAGCUUGGCUUUAGCAAAGAUCCACAAGUGGCUCCUUCCAGUGACAUUGAUGUCAUCACCGAACGCAUUGUAUCCCUCAUGGCCAUACGGACGGUAGCCCUUCUCUCCACGCUCGAUGACUAUGACGACUUUUCCACUACGACAAUCUGUCGAUCCAUUCUACUCAAUGACAACAAGUGGCCGGAAACUCUCACACCACAAAUUGUACAAGAACUCAGACUCUACGUCAAGAGAAUACUGUCGGGGUACAGUCGCAAUUGGUAUCACAACAGGGAACACGCAUAUCAUGUCACCAUAUCGGCCAACAAGCUGCUAGAUAUGAUGAUCAAUCCUGCUCAUCAAGACAAUGGACACGAAAGACACAACACCAACGGAAACAACACACGGACCACCACCAAUGGACACAACCACAGACGACAACCUCAGCACCAACACUCGACAGCACCAACACCUCACAGCAGUAGUACAUUAUCAUGUAGAACAUUUGGCUUGAGACGAGACACAUACUUGCAAUUCACACUUGUCUUUGCGGCACUCAUUCAUGAUGUGCAGCAUGCAGGCAUUUCCAAUCGACAAUUGGCUCUAGAAGACGACCCUAUCUCCAUCCUGUACAAUGAUUCGUCGGCUCUGGAACAGCAGUCUCUCACCAUUGGAUUUACCGAGUUCUUACAACCAGAAUUCGCAAACUAUCGAAAACUCAUCUUUCCAAACCGACAAGUCUAUGCUGGCUUUCGAAAAACGGUCGUCAAUCUGGUUCUAGCCACAGACAUUGCCAAUCCAGAACGAAUGCAAAUCACAAAGGACAAAUGGAAGGCCGCAUUUGGAGAUGAACAGGCACACUUGUUGACGGAACAACAACAACAACAACGAGACCGAAGAGAAUCCGCCAUUACCGAAAUCACACUACCCCGCCAAAACAAUAGUAGUAGUACCGUGCGAGAGUCCAGGCGACGCAGCAUCGGAUCCUUGUUCUCCGAUAUCACUGUCGAAUACAAUCUGCUCAACAAUGCUUUGGGAGAUGAAGCAUCCUUGUCGGAAUCGUCCGAUCGGGAUGAAGCUUUUGAAGACAUCGACCCCAACAGCAAUCAUAAUAAUAAUCAUAAUGCGGAUGGAAGUCACUACCGCUCCUGCACUCCCGAUUCCACCAUUGUAUCCCAAUUGCUGCAGAAAAUUGACGAGUCUGACAAGGAACGCCGCAACAGCGAUCCAAGUGAACACGACGGCGAGGACAACAAUAAUAACAACAACAACAAUCAGCGACUAGACAUGGUCAUGUCAAGUCAAGACUUGGGAUACUCUCCUGCAACAAUGGAUACAAAGGAGACAAACGGGGGUGCCAGUGCCGGAGGAGGCAGUCAUCAGUCUGCUUAUUCCGAAGGGACUUAUCCGUUAACAUCACAACCCAUUGCGGCACUGCGGUCCAGGUCUAUGCGAACCAGUCGAAGAGGCAGCACAACCAACGUGUCGGACGGAUAUUCAUCAAUGAUGCGAGGAAACAUGCGAAGGGCGUCCAUGUCGACCGGUGAUGAUAUGAUGAAGCGAUUGCAACGAAGACUCUCUGCAGCUUCUGCCAAGACAACCGGCGACCUCAAUGCCAAACGGUAUCGACACAGACUUGGUAUUAUGCGUUCAGUCGAUUUGGGCGGAGAAACCAUUGAGAACUAUUCUCGAAAAGGGUCGAUUUGCUCUGCCGCUUCUUUCGAAAACGAACCACGGGGGAAACGAACAUAUCAUCUGGAAGAAUUUGACCAACCAGAUGAAUUGAGAGCCACGGUGGUGCUGGAAACCAUGCUCCUCUGCUGUGAUGUAGCUCACAAUCUGCAAGGAUGGGAUCACAUGUUGAAGUGGUCCCACAAGCUCUACUGGGAGCUUCACGAAGCAAACAAGUCAGGGCGUGGGUUUGACCCCUCCUCUGGUUGGUUCGUGGGUCAAACAGGGUUUCUCCGAAACUAUAUGCUCCCGUUAGCCCAGAAGCUAGAUAGAACGGGUGUCUUUGGGUUGAGACACGGCCAAUUGUUUGGCAACACAACCCAAAGCAUCCUCGAUGCGUGGGAGGAACACGGCGAGGAGGUCACUUCGUUAUUACUGAGCAAAAGGGUGAUCGAUUUGCAUCCAUUCCGAUAACAGAUGGCAAAUACCGGUAUCUUAUCUUACAAACAAUCUACCGAUUACCCCUCAGUUGGAACCAAAGAGGAGCCGACCAACUAUUGAGGAGAGAAGGGAAAUAGCAUUCCAUCCAUCGCGAAGACAACGCCUUUGGAUUCGGCCGGGAGUUCCAUGGGAGGAUACGUUGUAUAGCGCUGGGAGAAAUGAGUCAGGAUGGUCUUCUGGGCACAGGCAUCGGAUGCUACUUUUAGCGCUUCUCCCAGCGACGAGUGCUUCUUCUGUACGCUUUGUGAGUGUUCGGAAUCGUCAAAGGAGGCCUCAUGCAACAGAUAGUUGAGUAUCCCGUGAUUGAAAGCACAAUCAAAUCUGCAUCUGUCAACGAAGCGCUUGCAAGGCCUAGUGUCGCCGCUAUAAGCGAAUGUUACAAGUGGGGUUUCGGUCUCAGCAUGACUAGGCGGCAAGCCACAAUAGGCUCCACCGAGAUCGUGACAAGGUACGCGGAGACCUGUGACGAAACCAAACGCACCAAAACAAGAAUGGUCCACACGCACAUUGGCCCAAAAGGCAAAUGGACGAUAGGGGAUUGGCGUGGAGGAAUUCUGUGAGCCUCCAGCAAUGAUGAUGCUUGCCAAGAAAGGCCACCACAACGCGUUCUGCUCGUGUGUGAAACCAUGAUACAACGGUAAACCAGUUACGCUUGCGUGGAAUCGAAUAUCGUCAUUGCCACGGAAAGCACUAUCCAAGUAUUUCAAUACUUGCACAGGCGCUACAACCAACACAGGAAGUUCAGAGGAUCCAACCUUCAUUCGCUUUUGACCUUGCAAAGGCCGGUUCUUCUGUCGAUAGCGCUGCAUUCUUGCCUGGCAAAUCGCACCAAGCACAGCUGGUAGACCUCCAUAGUGAUCCCAGUGCGCAUGCGAGAUCCAAAUGAAUUUCACAUGCCCAAGGUGACCGUAAAGAUUUUCCAAGUCGCUCAUAGAGUCACCUAUUGACGGUAGAUGCCUCUGUAGCAUAUGUAGCACACCUUCGCCACAUUCCACGAUGGAUGUCAGCAAUAGCAAAUUGUCGUCUGUACUAGGUCCAUCGUUGCCUGAGGGAGGCGUACUAGCUGGCUUUUCAUACCGCUGUGGAAAGAGCAGCGCGUAUCCCGAGGAACCCCUCAGCGGACUCGGUGCUGCACAGCCAGUGCCCAGUACAAGCAAGUGGGGACAGUGCUGACCUUUCGCGCUUGUUGGGUUUUGCGGCGAUCCCGUCAAACGUUGUCCCACUGACCCAUUCUCCCUGGCGUCGUCCCCGUUUCCCUGCACGGCUACUUCCACAAUUCGAUCAGACGUCUCUGAGGACUCGUUCGAUGCAGCAGCUUCCUCAUCACUCUCGUCGUCAAUGUCGAUUUCAUUCUCAUCAUUCACCGCUACCGGUAGCGAGGGUUUCCCAUCUAUGGUCGAGCUUUGAUUUUCCACAGCGGAAAGGUUUUGAAAGAAAUCUAGAGUGGAUUGUGCUUCUGUCUCUGUGGGAUCGAAGCUGGUAGUUCCACUAGACUGUUGGCUUGGUUUUCUCCUAUCAAAGAAGAUGGGUGGUUGUGCACACAAGAUGCUGGAGAAGGGUUGCAAAUUCCAUCGCAGAGAGGCUACUGCUGAACCUCUGCUAUCGGUACUACAGCCAGAACAAGAAGAUUGGUUUGGUUCACGCCAAAUGAUGUUGUUCGGCAAGAUCUUGUUCCAUGACUUGAUCAUUUCGUUGGCCCGAAGCAAAAUCCUUGGAUCUCUGCUGUCAUUGGGCCUGCAAAAGCAGACAUGAGCAUUGGGAAACAACUUCCGGGCGUUGGAAAGAAAGAGGUCCUCGGCUGUUCCUUCUCCCACCGCCAGAAUAGAAUGUAUAUCAAGGCACUUUGCAUCUUCUCCCAGGACCACCCUGUUGGAGGGUUCUUGCCACAGAUCGAGGAAAACAGACCAUGCAUGUAUGCAGGGGAGCACUGCCAUUGUGUAAUUGUCGAUUUUCUGGUGCUGUCGGCAUGUGACCAGGUAAAUGAGAUGUUCCAAUUUUACUGGACAAGUGGCAUGCACCACAAUGUAGUCGUCCUCGUACAUUUUCCACCAAGAGCGCGGCGUCUGUGUAUUGAGUGGCACUGAAGCAAUCCGAAGACGAGGGUAUUUCUUGUGGAUGGUCAGCAGUUCUGUCAUUUCCUCCACUUUCCCAGCGUCCUCUUCGUUCCCAGUGACCACUGUCAGAUCAGGUGCUCCUGCUUGAUUGAGGGCCAAGAGAAGCCCAGGCAAUCCCCACAGACCACCCCCAUGGACAGUGCCAACAGCCGACACAGAAGAAGACUCCUUGUGAUUGUUGUUACAAAAUACUGCUUUGGUGCAAGCCCAGGACAGUUUCUGAUCUGCCACAAGUCGUGCUGUCAUAUCGCCCAAUCCAAGGAGGGCAUAGCGCCCCAAAACUGUCACCCCCGAAAGACUCAGACUGCCUUGGGCAUGCUGUUCGGAAAAAUCCCCACCCGAGAGAACCGACAGAAACACCGUCGGCUCGAGACUCUCAGAUCCAUUCGACACAACAUCCAGGAGAUAGUCACAUUUUCGGAAUGUUACACCUCGUUGUGGGUGGGCCAUUCUUGGUUUACCACAAGCAAGUCAAUCAAUCAAUCAAGAGCACAAAACGAGGCAGAGACCUUCAAUCAUUAUUGUCAGGGUGGGGAAGCUCGGGUGAGGAGGAUCAUGGAUCAUCGCGAGGAUGGAGGAUGAGGGAAUGAGGGGUCCACGCCAAAGAGGGAAAGUACCGGAGACGAAAUCGAAUAUUCGAAGAAAACUGACGUCAUAAUCAAGUCAUAAUGACCUGUAGAAAAACCA